UUUGGUUUAAAUAAUGCAGAAAGUGAGUUGUGAAAAUCGAGAAAGAGCGUCGAAUCCUCAACAUCCCUAUAGAAAGUCACGUCUAGGGUGUGCUCGUCUUGAAGCUGAUAUGGUAGAAGAGUCGGGAGUUGAUGAGAUAAAUCGUUCUCAAGUGUGGAAAGCUGCCCGCGUCAAUAAGGAUGGGGUGAUUGAUAAUGAGAAUGUUCAAAGAGUUGUGGAUCAAUGUGAGAAGUUAACAGAAGCUCUGACAGAAGAAGAGAGACAAGACAUUGGUCCUACGGACAUAUUAUUUGAGGCUCUAAAUCUCCCAAACUAUUCUGGGCGUGUUAGGAGUUACGGUUUUGGGGUAUGUUCUAAGGACAUAUUUCCACGCCAAAUUCGCCCCACACAAAUGGACUUUCAAAAAUUGUAUGGCUUUUGCAACACACUCAAAAGUAGAUUGGAGGUGCUAGAGAGAGAGAAGUUGGAGAGAGAUAAGUUGGAUAGAGAAAAGAUAGAGAGGCAAAAAACUGAAGAAGUGGUUGAGAAAGAACAACCUGAAAAAGUGGCACAGAGCUUGCAACAACUUGAAAAAGUGGAAGAAAGUCAACAACUUGAAAAAGUGGCAGAAAGACAAAAUCUCAACAAGUGUCAAAGAACUUGAAGCAGCGUGAAAAAGGGACACAAAGGCAAGAACCAAGUGAUAAAGGUUCUUGCAACCCUGGAUCAUUUGGAAAUAUUCCCGAGGGUCUCUUUCCUGUUAAUAUAUAUUUAUCAUCGCCGAGUCGGUGUUUGGUUGCUCGUGACAAACUAUAUAACACCAAAGGUAACACAGUGCAGGGCAUGACGUUACCACCUGGAUAUGUCAAGGUUAAUAUCGAAGUUGCUAUUGUGCCAAAUGCUCCGUUGCCGAUAUCUGUUGAUGGUGGAGAUGUAUCGAUGGUUUGUCAUGGAAUAGGAACAAUUGUGCCACGGCCAAUGAAACUUCUUGAAUUUGUUGCUGAAUGUGAAAAGAAUCCUGAUCAAUCCCAAAACAAAGCUAAGAAUACCCAACGAAGUGUUGAUUCUGUUUCAUCACCUAACAAAAGCAACAAAAAAUCCAAAAUUGAAGAGUCUCCUAGAGUUGGCGGUUCAACCG